UACCGCCUACGUGCUACUUCCGGUUGUUCAUCAGUCACAGGACAGCGAGUCGGGCAAGGCGCCCGCUCUGGAAAAAAAAAAAGAAACUCCCAACUUUCCGGGUGUCGUGGCAAGUUUACAGGCGUUUUUCACAGUUUGAGGGGAUUCCAGGCCCUAGAUCAACAAACUAUGGUUCGCGGAAAGGCUGGGUGAGCUUGCAGUCGGGUGUGAAGUAACCGUUCAGUCGGAGAGCGAGUGACAAGCUUCGGUGUUGUUUGGACUUUCAGGCGACGUUUUGGACAGUAUUUUUCGGUGUGCAGUACCGCGGAUUCUGGGGGAAACCUCCACAAAAUGAUGACAUUUAUGGCCAAGAAGAAAAAGUACAAGUUCCACGUCGACUUAGAGUUGGAGGAACUGUCUGCAGUCCCUUUCGUGAACGGAAUUCUCUUCAGCAAGUUGAGAUUGUUGGAGGGAGGGACCUUCACCGAACUGUCGUCAAGGGAAGAAGUGUCGGAACACUGUGUCAGAUGGAACAACAAGUUCAAGUUUGCCUGUAAGAUGAUGGCCAACGCUGCCACAGGCAUCCUGGACCCUUGCAUCUGUAGGGUAUCUGUCAGAAAGGAGGUAAAAGGCGGGAAGACAUUUACGAAGCUGGGAUUCGUAGAUGUAAACCUGGGUGAGUUUGCUGGUUCAGGAACCACGUCCAGGAGGUACCUGCUGGAGGGGUACGACUCGAAACACAGACAGGACAACUCCAUUCUCAAGGUGAACAUAGCAAUGACUCUACUGUCUGGGGACCCCUGCUUCAAAGCACCAGACAUGAAACAGAUGGUGCUGCCAGGAGAGCGGAUGGAUGUCAGUCUACAGCUGGACUGUAAGGCUGACGACGGUGGCGGGAGUCUGGCUUCGGGCAGCAGCGGCUUCGGCAGUCUGCCCAGGAAAAACCGACCCAGCGUGCUCACAUCAGGUUUGGUAUCUCCCAGUAGCGAUGAGCAUGAGCAGAGCCCGUUGUCAGAGGACGUGUUUGAAAUGGGCCAUUCCAGAAACUCCAGCUAUGCCAGCCAACAGUCCAAGGCCUCCGACUAUAGCAGCACACACUCACGAUCCUCCAGUUAUACUGAACCUGGCCACUUCAGAAACUCCAGCUAUGCCAGCCAACAGUCCAAGGCCUCCGACUAUAGCAGCACACAUUCACGAUCCUCCAGUUAUACUGAACCUGGCCACUUCAGAAACCCCAGCCACAGUAGCUCUGGCCAGUACUCCAGCAGUAGCAGUCUUCCCGAGACCUGCGCGAGCGGGGACACCCUCACCGCGGAGACGGCGGGGACCACGCCCAAGGCUCCGGUGCGCAGGGUAGGUGCUGACCGGCUGCUGCUGACAGUCUGCAGACAGCAACACGACAUUAAGCAUAAGGAGGCAAACCAGCAGAGAAGAGUGGACGACACCAGAAUCGACGCAGACGACGUCGUCAACCAGAUUCUGCAGUCACAGGACUUCAGCGCUGACAUGAGCACGGAAGAUGAUGAAGGUUUGAGACUGUUUGUGGCCAAGGAUGGGACAACAGCUCUGAGCAGCCACGAACUCAAGAACAGGAUAUCGGCCGGAGCAUUUGAAGCAGUUAUCUUCGAGAACAGAUAGUUUCCCGGCAGGUUUGAAGACUACAGAGGGUCAAGACAAGCAGGCUACAGAAGGAGAAUAGUUUUCUGUCAUACUUCUGACUCCUACAUUCACACAGCAGAAAGGAAAAAUGCAAAUGAAGAAUCUCUAAAGCAAAGGAUCAUGAUGGGAGAUAUGUAAAGUGGCUGUGCCAUUGAAAAUGAGAAGUUACAUUUGAGAGAUGAGAUAUUGAUUUGACAAGUUGGUAUAUUUUGAUAAGUGUGUAAAAAUGAAAUGAAUCCAUUGUGAGGUUUGUACAAUAGAAGCUUGGAAGAAUGCAUUGUUGUAUGUAAGUACGUUCACUGUGGAAAAGGAAGUAAGGAACUUUGCAAAAUGUAUUGAGGGAAGAAGGAUUGUUUUCGUGCCAGAUGAUUUUCUUUUCAAGGUGCCCGUCGUUUAUAAACUGCUUGAUCAUGUAUAAUAGCCCUGCCAACAUUGUAACAUGCCAAGUUGUAAUAGUUUACUAAUACGGCAUAUUUUAGUAUGGAAACAGUGUAUAUAAUAAUGACAUUCAAGAUUAGGACUUACAAGAACUUGUUUAAUGAGGAAACAAGGAUGCUCAUUUGUAAAACUAAACCUUGCUGUGACUGAUGUAUGUGGCAUAUUUUAGAUAGAAGCUUCAGAUCCAUUCUGUAGUAGAGUGUUGUUGCCAACAUUAGAUAGUAACUGUUAUAUAAUAUGAUGAGAACACAUAGUACACUACUAGUAUGGGCUAUUCUAAUGUAGUCUCUUGGUUCUCCUUGGUUUUAAGGUUGCUGAAUGGCUUUACCAGUAGAAAACUGCAAACCUUCAGGCCUAGACAGUUAAAGUGGUUGCUUGUGGGAUGUUUUCUAUAUAGCUGUCUCAUGUUUUGUUACUAUUAUUAGACUGGCUGCCAUCCUUCCUAGGAUUUGGCUACUUAAACAA